CCCUCACCAAGAUAAAGUCUUGUAGUCUCCAAAACCAUUUCAAAAGGCACAACAUAAAAAUCCUCACUAUCAGACCACAACAACAAAAGCAAAGCAUCUCCCUUUGCCUCCCAAUCCCUUUUCUUUCAUUUUCAGAUUUUCCCCAUCUCUCCAAACAAACACAAAAACCCUUCACGCAAACAAACACCUGAAACCAGCAACCCCACAAAUCCCCUCUCCUAUUAUUAGAACAAGCAGCAGAACAGAAACCCAAGUGCUACAUUAACAAUCUCAGACCACCAUGGAUGAAUCUGACGACUACCCAAAAGACCAUUACUCCGGCCAGCAGAGAGUGACAUCCAUGUCUUCCUCCACCACAAGCGUCCACGUCACCGCCCUCGACGGCCUGGUCAACGUCAACUCCCUCUUCACCAUUGCAGUCUUCGUGGGUCUCUCCCUGACCGUGCCAGGACAAAAGAGCCUCGAGAACCGGACAGCCUGCGACGCCGGAAUUGACGUGGCCAAGAAGCUUCUGGUCUUCGAGGUUGUCUCCUUCAGCUUCUUCCUAUUCUCCUCCCUCGUCGCGCAAGGACUCAAGCUCGCCAUCAACUUGCUCAACAGUAAAGACGUCGACGAUGCCUUCCGGGCCCACAUCAACCUCAAGGUCCUCCGGUUCGGGAUGUUGGGAUCGGCGUUCGGAUCCGUCAUGGGUUGUCUGUUCCUCAUGUUGUCGAUGGUGAAUGUGAUUCAGAUCCGGUUGGGGAUGUUGUCUUGUGGGAGCAAAUCGGCUGUUCAUUCUGUUGCGGCUCUUGUCGUUUUGGUCUCUUCAGCUCUCUUGGUCUAUCUCACUACUGCUAUCUAUGCUUUUCUUCACUAGAAAAAUAAAAAACUAAAAACCCAUUUCGAUCUUAUUCAAGUUGGCAUAAAUUUGUAAUCUUUGGAUGCCGGAAUGUGAUGCAUUUCAGGGUUUAUAGGUUUUGGUUCCACAUAAUAUGGGGCUUUUCAGACCAAACAGAGUACCAUUCUGUGUUUUGUUUUUGUUUUGGAGUGUAGAAUACUGUUAAUUUUGGUAUUUUCUGGGGCAAAAGUAUGUCAAUUUGGGAGAAGAAAUUACGCUCAAGGCACAAAACCUGCAAGCAAAGAAAUAAGUUGUCUACACGUAAACCUACGAAGAGGAUGAAGGCAACAGCAUUGGGAUUGUGAAGCUUAGCAACGGAUGGCGUUGAGGGUCAGGGAUGGUGUGCUCCCACGUAUUUGGAACCCGAAAUUCUGCCAUUUUGGACUCUCCGGCCUAUUAUUUGGCUAGAGACCAAUUUUGAAAGUGCAUUAGUGAGAAUAAGCGACUAGGAUUUUGCUAUAAGUAUUUUGGAUUGUUGUAUGAUCUGUAUUUUCAGAUGUUAUAAAAUCAAAAUUUAG